AUGGGUAGAGUUAUCAUUUGGUUCCUGGUGCCAGAGCUAGAGAGCAGCAGCGAGGAGGAGUUUGGGGAACCCUACAUGCACAAAGUCAGAAUUGAGGUGGAAGGACAGUCACAGAUCUAUAUCUCAAGUUGGGCUGAUGAUACCCCAGGUGAUGGGUAUGAUGAUGCUGAAGAACUGUCUGGGCCUGAAAUUCCCCCUGACUCUCAAAUGAAUGAGGAGGGUACUAUGAGGCUUUCCAAUGAAUGGGAUAAGUACAGUGAAGCCUGCAUAGCUCUGGAAAACUUUGUGGCUGAUUCAGGCACCCCCAAGGGCUGCUGUGUUGGUGGGGUCUGCCUUGGCAUGCUGCUUUGUGAUCCACUUCCACCUCUGUUUGGAGCAGAUAUGAAAUUGAGGCUGGUGAAUGGAAAGAACCGCUGUGAGGGGAGAUUGGAAGUGUUUCAUAAUGGAGAGUGGGGAACGGUAUGUGAUAAUGGCUGGGACAAUCAGGAUGCCAGAACAGUCUGUAUACAGCUUCGAUGUGGAAAUAUCAUGAAAGCUCAUAAAAAAGCCCACUUUGGAAAAGGAUCUGGACGCAUUUGGCUUGAUGAUGUUGCCUGCAAGGGGAAAGAGCUAGAUCUUUCAGAGUGUCAACACAGAGAAUGGGGACAACACAACUGUGACCAUGAAGGUGAUGCUGGAGUGACCUGCUUAGAUGGAGCAAACACCUUGAUAAGGCUAGUUAAUGGACAACACCAGUGUAUGGGAAGAGUGGAAAUUUUUUACCAGUUAAAAUGGGGGACAGUGUGUGACCAAGAUUGGGACCAUAAAGAUGCCACAGUGGUGUGCAAACAGCUAGGAUGUGGAAAUGCCAUACAGGCUCAUCAGAAGGCUCAUUUUGGACGUGGAUCCCGACAUAUUUGGCUCAGUAAUUUUAAUUGCAAUGGGAAAGAAUUAGAUCUCUUAAAGUGUCAACAUGGAAAAUGGGGACAACACAACUGUGAUCAUGGUGAUGAUGCUGGAGUGACCUGCUCAGGUGGACUACAUCUGGAGGUGAGACUGGUAGAUGGAAAGCACCACUGUGAAGGAAGGUUAGAAGUGCUAUACCAGGAAAAAUGGGGGACAGUGUGUGAUAAUAAAUGGGACGAUGAAGAUGCCACUGUGGUAUGUCAACAGCUGCGAUGUGGACCUACUGGAAAAGCCCACAAGAAAGCUCACUUUGGAAGAGGGUCAGGAAGCAUCUGGCUUGAUGAAGUUGCUUGUGAUGGGAAUGAGUCAGCUCUUUCAGACUGUAGACACAGAGAAUGGGGACAGCAUGACUGUACUCAUAUGAAUGAUGCUGGGGUGACCUGCUUAGGUGGAACAGAUCUGGAGUUGAGGCUGGUGAAUGGAAAGAAGUUCUGUGAAGGGAGAUUAGAAGUGCUGUACCAGGGCGAGUGGGGGACGGUGUGUGACUAUGGCUGGGAUGAGGAGGAUGCUGCUGUGGCGUGUAAGCAGUUGGGAUGUGGGUCUGUCGUGGAGGCCCAUGGGAACGCUCACUUUGGAGAAGGGGCAGGACCCAUCUGGCUCAGUGAGCUUGUCUGCAGCGGCCAAGAGUCAGCCCUCUCGGACUGCGGACACAGUGGAUGGGGACAACACAGCUGUCGACACCUUUGGGAUGCCGGGGUGACUUGUUUAGAAAAUGGACAGCUCCGGCUGGUGAAUGGGGAAAGAGAUCCUUGCUCUGGCAGAGUUGAAAUUUACUACAAUGACACAUGGGGUACCAUCUGUGAUGAUUCUUGGGACAUGAGUGAUGCUCACGUGGUGUGCAGGCAACUGGGUUGUGGAGUGGCCUUCAAAGUCAUGGACUCUUCUCACUUUGGAAAAGGAUCAGGGCCCAUCUGGCUGGAUGAGCUUAGCUGCUUUGGAAAUGAGUCCUACCUGGCGGAGUGCCCUUCUCUCCACUGGGGCCAGCAUGAUUGCAGUCACAAAGAGGAUGCAGGAGUCAUCUGCUCAGAGUCCCUGGAUCUCAGGCUAGUGAGUGAUGACUAUGAUUGUGCUGGAUGGUUGGAGGUUUUCUACAAUGGGACGUGGGGCAGUGUCUGCUCCAAUCUCAUGGACAGCAACACCGUCUCAGUCAUCUGCAGACACCUGAGUUGUGGAAACAGGGGGUAUCUUGAUUUCCAUUCUAGCCACAGAAGUUUGCCUGUCAAGUGGGUAGAUAAAAUCAACUGCCAAGGCCAGGAGUCCUCCCUUUGGCAUUGUCCUUCUCAACCCUGGAAUCAUGCUUCUUGCUUUCAGGAACAAGAAGCCUAUAUCAUAUGUAAAGGAAGGAAGAACACUGACUGCCCUCCCUCCAGACAAUGCACAGAUAAAGACAAACUCCAGCUCAGGGGAGGAGAGACCCCAUGCUCUGGACGAGUGGAGAUCUGGCACGAUGGCUCCUGGGGGACAGUAUGUGAUGACUCUUGGGACCUAGCAGAGGCUAAUGUGGUUUGUCAGCAGCUGGGCUGUGGUUCUGCUCUGGCUGCCCUGGAAAGGGCUGCAUUUGGCCCAGGAAAUGGGACCAUUUGGCUGGAUGAGGUACAGUGCAGAGGGAAAGAGUCUUCUCUAUGGGAUUGCCCUGCAGAACCCUGGGGGCAGAAUGACUGUAAACACGAUGAGGAUGCUGCUGUGAUGUGCUCUGGACGAAUCACUAAAACAGUUCCUGCUUCUUUGAAUCCUGGUUUCUUCUCCCUACCCUGGAUCCUCUAUCUCAUUUUGGGGGCCCUUCUAUUCUUGCUCCUCUUUCUCCUGGGGAUCCAGCUACACAAAAAGAAGGUCCAGCAACAAGCUGUGUCUGGAUAUGGGGAUUCUUUUUAUGAAACCAUGUACCAAGAGAUCAAUUAUGAGCUGACAGAGAAUGAGGAGGACCUUUUGAGCAACCCAGGAUACAGUGAAGAGGAAGGUAAUGGAAAGGGAAAAGCCAAACAGGCAAAAACCAAAGCUCUUUUAGGAGGUUUCUGCUCCAGAGGGUCCAGCUGA